GUCACCCUUUCCUCCCAUCUCAUAUUUUCUCUCUCUCACACACACACACACACACACACAUGCUCACACACACAGUAUCAGGACGGACUGACAGAUUGAUGGCAGUAUAAUGAUUCACUCCAAUCAGUCCAUUCACUCCAUCUUCUGCUGCUGCUGCUGUGCUCUACAGACCAGAAGCAGCACUCGACUGGAUGUGAACCCCAGCAGAUAUCCAGGAUCCGUCUACCCGACUCAGCUGUCUCAGAAGAAGCUCCCUCCGUCUCCUCCUGAGGAUGAUGAUAGCGGCGUGAUGAAGGUGGUGGCCAUAUACGACUUCACGGCCAGAGAGAGUUCAGACCUGACGCUUCAUCAUGGAGAGACAUACAUCAUCCUCCACAAACAAGACCAGCUGUGGUGGAGAGCCAAAGACAUGCACGGGAACAAGGGCUUCAUUCCCAGUAACUAUGUUACAGAGAUUGGAACUAUAGAAGCCAACGACUGGUACUGCAAAAACAUUAACAGAGCUGAAGCAGAACAAUUACUCAGACAAGAGGGGAAGGACGGAGGGUUUGUGGUCAGGAGCUCCAGUCAGCCCAGCAGCUACACUGUCUCCGUUUACACACACAGUUCAGGUAAAGGGGAGGUGAGGCACUACCAGAUCAAGCAGACAGACACAGCUCAGUUCUUCUUGGCAGAGAAUCACGUGUUCGGCUCUAUUCCUGAACUCAUCAACUACCACAAACACAACGCAGCAGGACUGGUUUCCAGACUGAGAUAUCCCAUCGGCCCCUCGGGAACAUGUCUGCCGGCCACAGCGGGAUUCAGCUCAGAUAAAUGGGAGAUCAACCCGUCGGAGCUGACCUUCAUGAAGGAGCUGGGCAGUGGUCAGUUUGGAGUGGUGCGGCUGGGCAAAUGGAGAGCACAGCAUAAAGUGGCCAUUAAAACCAUUAAUGAAGGAGCCAUGAGUGAAGAUGAUUUCAUAGAGGAAGCCAAGAUCAUGACGCGUCUCUGCCACCCGAAGCUGGUCCAGCUGUACGGUGUGUGUGUCACGCAGCGUCCCAUCUGCAUCGUGACGGAGUUCAUGGAGAACGGCUGCUUGCUGCACUUCCUGCGACAGCACAGCAGAACCGUGGGCCGCGUCCAGCUGCUCUUCAUGUGUCAGGACGUCUGCGAGGGGAUGGAGUACCUGGAGCAGAACAGCUUCAUCCACAGAGACCUGGCCGCGCGGAACUGCCUGGUGAAUGAGAGGAACGUGGUGAAGGUGUGCGACUUCGGCAUGACCAGGUAUGUUCUGGACAAUCAGUACACCAGCUCCAUGGGCUCCAGGUUCCCCGUCAAAUGGUCUCCUCCUGAAGUUCUUCAUUUCAACAAGUUCAGCAACAAGUCAGACGUCUGGUCAUUUGGUGUGCUGAUGUGGGAGGUGUUCUCGGAGGGAAAGACGCCGUUUGAGAACCACUCCAAUCUGGAGGUUGUGGAGCAGGUGACGCAGGGCGGGCGUCUCUACAGGCCUCACCGGGCGUCUGCACACAUCUACAACAUCAUGUACCGCUGCUGGCAUGAGAGACCUCAUGGACGACCAUCUUUUUCUGAGCUACUUCAGAUUAUCAGACAGAUCACUGAAGAAGAGACGGACACAUGAACUCAAACAUGAGAGUGUGUGUGUGUGUGUGUGUGUGUGAGAGAGAGAGAGAGAGAGAGAGAGAGAGAGAGAGAGAGUGUGUGUGAGAGAGAGAGAGAGAGUUUGUGUGUGUGUGUGUG